AGUGGUCCGAAGCAGUGAUGUCAGCGCUCGCUGCACCGCGCGCAGACCUCCUCCCUGCCCGCCGCUGCACGAGCACACACAACAACGUCAACGGCGGGAUUUUAAAGUCGCGUUCGCGGACCCAGAUGUGCUGAGGAGGUGACUCCUAACAUCUUCCCGCGGAGCCGCAGGUGUUCAGCAGAGAAUUAUUCAACACUCCUGCGCAGCUGACGGCAAAGAAGAUGAACUGGGCCGCCGGCACACAGUGUGUGGCCAAGGGGGACCAAAAGAAACAAAAACCCGGAGAACUGGCUUACCAGAAAGGAGACAUCCUCACUAUUGUUGAGGCCAGCACGAAGAAGGGCUUUUACAAAGCCAGACUCAACACCACGGGCGAGGAAGGACUCAUAAACUCCAGCAAUAUGCGCACAAGGGAGGCUCUGCGCGUUGACCCCAGCCUCAGCCUCAUGCCUUGGUUCCACGGGAAGAUCUCUGGUCCGGAGGCCGUGAACAAGCUGCAGCCGGCCGAGGACGGACUGUAUCUGGUUCGAGAGUCCAUCCGCCAUCCCGGCGACUACGUCCUGUGUGUCAGCGUUUCAGGAGAUGUUGUCCACUACCGGGUGAUUUACCAGGACAAGCAGCUGACCAUCGAUAACACGCAGUAUUUCUACAACCUCAUCGACAUGAUAGAGUUCUACUCAAAGAACAAAGGCUCCAUUGCUACGACACUUCUGAAACCCAAACAAAAACAAGGAACCAAGUCAGCUGAGUUGGAGCUCUCCAAAAGUGGAUGGCUGCUGGACAUUACAAAGCUCAAACUGGGGGAGAACAUAGGAGAGGGGGAGUUUGGUGCUGUUUAUGAAGGAGUCUACAUGGACCAGAGGGUGGCAGUAAAGACCAUUAAAUGUGAUGUCACAGCUCAGGCCUUCCUGCAGGAGACCACAGUCAUGACGAAGCUCCAGCAUAAAAACCUGGUGCGAUUGUUGGGGGUCAUUCUUCACAAAGGGCUUCAUAUUGUCACAGAACUCAUGACUAAGGGGAACCUUGUCAACUUUCUCAGGACAAGAGGACGCUCGGUGAUAAACUCAGUUCAGCUGCUCCGCUUUGCUCUAGACGUGUGUGAGGGGAUGGAGUACCUGGAGGCCAAGAGGUUGGUCCACAGAGAUCUGGCAGCUCGUAACGUGUUGGUCUCUGACGACAGCCUGGCCAAGAUCAGCGACUUCGGUCUGACCAAAGUGGACCCAAAGGUGUCCGACAACGCCAAACUGCCGGUGAAAUGGACGGCCCCCGAAGCUCUGAAGAAAGAGAAAUUCUCCACAAAAUCGGAUGUUUGGAGCUACGGCGUUCUGCUGUGGGAGAUCUUCUCUUACGGUCGUCAACCUUAUCCUAAGAUGUCCCUGAAGGAGGUGAAGGAGAGGGUGGAGGGGGGCUAUCGCAUGGAGGCUCCAGACGACUGCCCCUCCGUUGUUUACUCGCUGAUGAAGAUGUGCUGGGAGCAGGAGCCACGCAGGAGACCCGCUUUUCACAAACUGAGAGAGAAACUUGAGCGAGAGAUUGGCAAGCGCAGCCCGGACCCCGGGUCAGAGCGCCGGGACGGGGUCACAUCGGCUUCCGGAUGCUGAUCUGGGUCUCGGGAAUCUUUGAGGCCACAUUGGUGGGAAUAGACACACAGGCAUUGUUACCUGCUUCUGAGGGUGUGCAUGACACAAGAUGGCCGGAUGGAUUACCUGCUGGAUUUGCUUUAGCGGAUGAGACGAGACAAAUCAUUAUGGAACAUUAUGGAGCCAUUACUGUACAAAACUUUGCUUCAGUGGCUCUUACUGGUCCAUUGCCAUGAAAAACUUUGCACUGGCAGUCAUGGUCCCCAUAGGAUAGAUCCUACCGACUCUGUUGGUUCCUCGUAUUUUACUUUAGUACCAUCCAAAGGAGGGGUGCAGCCUAACACCAUCUCCGACACACUCCUUCAGACGACAAGGAGCAUUUCUGGCAUUUCCACAAAUACUGUCUUUCUCUCUUUUUGAUAAUACAAAAUGGUUAACAACACACAGACACCUUCUACGGCAACAUGAUAAUAAUCCUCUGGUCAUUUGAAGCGACACAAUGUUGAACAUAAUUGUGUUGUAUGUCUUAUUUGUCACGAUCAAGGAAGUUAUUGGUAAAACUCUAUUAUGAAAUACUCAUAUUAGUAUUCUGUAUUCUCAAUUAACAUAAUUUAAGUACUUGGUCUGAAAAAAAAGUAGUAUCAGUGUAUCUAUAGUGAAAACAACACCAGCCACACACUGUGUUGGAGAUACUGUGUAUUAAGUUUGAAUCUCCAGAAUGACGUAACUUAGUCAGCAAGUUAAGAGCAACUGGGAUUUUGUGUGUUUUUUGUCGUAUAAAUAUGGUACCUAUAUGAUCAAAGCCGAGUAAACACACGUUAUUUGUAUUUAAUGUCAGAGGAUCAAACGUACAAAAAAAGGUUUAGCUUGGAUUUAUUUUUAAAUCACCCACAUCUGCUUGUGUCUGCACAUGUUCAGUAAUAUGUCAUGGAUUCAGAGCUUAAUAUAUAGAAUAUUUAAUAUGAAAUGUUAUUUUUGGGAUUUACAUACAUUUUUAAAAAAGCAGCCAGCAUUUUGCUUAUCUGCAGAGAAGGUUGUGUUGUUUUAUUACACAGAUAAUCUGAAGGCCUUCAGUUAAUUUAGCAGCUUUGUCCCUUUGGAGAUGAACUUUGAACUUUUAUUUUCCCAGAAUUGGAAACCAAAUACUCGUACUAUUUUUGACACUUUGUCCAUCAGGCUCCCGCUGACAGCAUGCUUGGAGUGGGGGCUUUGAUUCAAUUCAUUCAAAUUCAAUUUUCCCUUAAGACUAAAUCAAUGGGAACUAUGACAUUUAUCACUACCUUCUCUUCCCUCUUGAGGAUUUAGAGAUUAUAAAAGUGACUUUGUGUUAUCCGACAUCCUCUUGGGAUAUCUUAUUCCUCAUUUACAGAAUGUUUUAUGUAUUAUUAUUAUUAUUAUUAUUUAUGGAUCCCUCUGGGUCUGAAAUAAAUAAAUAUAUUAUGUAUUGGACAUCGCAUUAUUAUUAUAUAUAUACCUUGAUACGUAUGAAUUCUAUUUAUAAAUUUGUAACUUCCUUUCAACAUAUGUGAUUAUCAGCUUCUUUUCAAUAUUCCCAAUGACGCUAUUGCACAUUUGGUUCAAAACUCACUACAAAAUGAAGCCGCUUUUGUUUGAUUGUCAUGUCACAAGACCAAAUUAAAGAUGUCAUUUGACUUUAAGUCUA